CCCCGGAACGCACGCGAGCGGAGAGAGAGGUACCGGCGAGUUGAGUCCCGAGCCAGAGCAAACCAAACCCGGCUGAUCCAGGGGGUUCCGCACAGGCUUCUGCUCGCCAGGAGGAGCGAAGCGAGGGAUUUUGGAGUCGCAGUUUUUUUUUUUUUUAUUCUUUUUCUUUUUUUUCUCCCCCCCCUCACCCCCUUUCCCCCCCCCUUUAACAAGGAUUCCGUCUUGUUUUUCCCCGGGCGGUGGUUUGUUUCUCUCUCUCGCCGCAAACAUGAUGGUCGGAGAGGUCGAGGUGAAGGAGCGACCGAGGCCGAGUCCCGACUAUCUGAUGCAGCUGCUGAACGAGAAGAAGCUCAUGACCAGUUUGCCAAAUCUCUGCGGCAUCUUCACGCACCUGGAGCGGCUCCUCGACGAAGAGAUCAACAGAGUGCGCAAAGACAUGUACAGUGACACAGUGAAUGGCCUUGUGGAAAGACACCCCCUGGAGCUACCUGAGGCUUUGGGACCCAUCGUCCACCUGCAGGAAAAACUGUUUGUGCCUGUCAAAGAGUACCCUGAUUAUAAUUUCGUGGGGAGAAUCCUUGGCCCUCGGGGUCUUACAGCCAAACAGUUGGAAGCAGAGACGGGAUGCAAAAUCAUGGUGCGAGGCAAGAGCUCCAUGAGAGACAAGAAAAAGGAGGAGCAGAACAGAGGAAAGCCGAACUGGGAACACCUAAAUGAAGACCUUCACGUCCUGAUCACAGUGGAAGACACACAGGCCAGAGCUGAGCUCAAGAUGAGGAGAGCAGUGGAGGAGGUCAAGAAGCUCCUCGUACCAGCUGCGGAGGGAGAAGACAAUUUGAAGAAGAUGCAGCUGAUGGAGCUGGCGAUCCUCAAUGGGACGUACAGAGACAACAACAUCAAAUCACCCACCCUUGCGUUCUCUCUUGCAGCAGCGGCAGCAGCCGCUCAGGGCUCUCGCCUCAUAGCGGCCCCCUCAGGUCAGGUGAUGCCUCAACAGUCACUCCGGCCCCAGACACCAGGUGGGGGCCAAAUCAUGAACCUCAUCCGGCCAACUCAGAUGGCUACCAUGAUGUCUAAUGGCACUCCCACCCUGGUGCCUCCCUCACCGGAUGGCGGGCUUAUCUACACCACCCCUUACGACUACCCUUAUGCCCUGGCACCCACCUCCCUGCUGGAGUACCCCAUCGAUCACAGUGGGGUUCUAGGUAAGAGAGCCUGGGGGAGCAUGGGUACAGCAUUCAACUUUAGCCAGCCUGGACACGAGGCCAGCUUGUUUUACCCCGGAGGGGUGCUGGACGCGGCUUCCAUGAGCCACAGUCAGGACUUUUUGAAAGGUGCAAUGGCUACUAAAGUGAGACGGCAUGACACGCGGGUCCAUCCUUACCAAAGGAUUGUGACCGCUGACAGAGGUUUGUUUUCCUGUCCUCCCCAACCGCCACCACCUUUCCCAUCCCAUACAUCCACAGACCAGCUAAAUGGUUGAUUGUGCCGCCACCGGCAACUAACACAUGACCUUCUGACCUCUGAACUCUUCACCCAAUGACGAGCCGCCCCAAGCCUGCCUGCUGAUCAGUUAACUGGUAAUUGCCUUUUGCUAGCCUCUCGGACGCAAGUGAGAGAGACAGAGAGAGAGAGAGGCGCCUGCCCGUACAGUUACCCUAACAAGUUCUGACACAAAACAAACAAAUAGAAACCAACGCAGAGUCUUCACAGAAACCCAACGAAACCCAACAAAGUUGUGUAAUAUUCAUUAUUUCACUUGAGUUCAAUUCCCAUUCUUUCUCUUUCUUUUUCGUCAUGAAUCAUAUACUGGGUGGAUGUGUUUGUAGUAUUACUCAUGAAUCUGCACUGAAUUAUAUAGCAAUAAAGACCCCACCCCACCCUGACCACCCACUCCCCUGUAACUGCUCUGAUUUGGUGACCUCACUUGUACAAGUCCAACUUCAAUAACAUUUGACACGAACCAUUUGGUUUCAGAGCGAUGACAUAAUCCCUCUCAAAUGUACAUCUGUCCCUCCCCAAAACAAUUUUAAAUACCGAAGAGCCCCUACCUGAUCCCACCCUGUUACACCACCCAUCCGCCGUGGGAGAAAAAGAAAUAGAAGGAAAGGGAACACACGCUCACAUUAACUUGUUUAAUUUCUGUCAUUUUUACAUGUUGAGCUCUAAGAUGUAAUGAUGAGCUGACACAUUCUGGGUGUGCCCCCUCAAAACAGCUUCCUGUCUGUUUUUAAAAAAGCAUGGCUGAAAUGAUUGCAAAAGAACUUUUUAUGAUUUAUGUGUUUUCUCCUGUCUUGUGUUUUUUUUUUUUUUUGCUUUAUGUUUUGAGCCAUUUUCUCCACUUGAUUUUGGUUUCUCUGUUGUUCACAUUUGACUAAUGAGUUUUGCUUAAAUCGACUAAGGCAGGUGGUUUUCUCUGGAAAAUAAAAUGCAAUCCGAUGUUCGAAGCAGGCUACAAAGAGCUAAGAAAUUAUGAAGGGCAAGAUGGGAAGGUCAAAAUUGGGCUGAUGGGUCCGUGUGUGUGUGUGAUUUUUGUUUAAUUUUUUUAAUUAAUACUACAAUGAAAGUAGGGUGUGCUGAGGCUUCGGGGACAGUGCUUGGGGCAGCGCUCAUUUGCUGCUGUCCGUUGCCACGCCCCCAUCCACACUACAUUCAUUUUACAGUGCCUGAUGUAUUUAGACAAAAUAUCUCGAUGAGUAGCUGAGCUGUGAUCAAAAAGACAAAAAAAAGUAUUAAGUGUGCAUAUUUAGCCAAAGGGUUUUCCAAUGAAUUAUAUAUCUGCAAUUAUGCAUCUGUCCGACAGGGCUCUCUUUGUGAUUUUAGAGUUUAGGGUGUGAAUUUGUGGUGCCUGCCUUCAGAUGGAACAGACAGCCGGUCAGUUUAAAGAUUUCUUUUGACCCAUUGAUGCUCCAUUUCUUCUGAGUAGGUGAACGAUAUUACGGCUUUUAACACUAAUUCAACAUGCUACUCAGUUGCAGUAUGUUGGAAGGGGACGGGCACUAAGAGUUAAGUACAUAAAAGCUUUUGUCAGGAUUCUAUAGUGAGUUGUUUCAUCAGCCACGUUGCCAAUUUUAUUAAAGAGACUUUUUUAGUUACGCCAGGUAAACAUUUUCCAUCAGUAGGGACAUUAGGUUGGCAGAAUCUGAGCCUCCCUGCAAUUUAGAAAUUUAACUUUUUGAGUUGGUUUCUUUUCACGUGAAACAUUUAUUUUUUCAACACAUGCCAAACCACCCAAAAGCGCAUCCACAAUGUGUCACACCUCCCUGUGAUCAUAGUUUAAAUCCUGAGCCCAUGAUCUUGAUUUUUCUGUUUGUUUAACUCUCUCAAGAAAAAAUAGGAUGUGAAAGCCAUGCCUGCCUGUUCAAAUUGCUUUAUACAUACGUCUUAUAUAUAUAUAUAAAUAUAUAUAUAAAUAUAUAAAAAUGUAGAUAUCUUUCAUUGCAUAUACAAAUACAGAAGAGAACAAAAAAUAGAUAAUUUUACAGGGUGCUGGAGAAGAGAAAAAAAAUUAAAUUCUAUUUUUGGCAAUUUUAGCUUUUGAUACUUUACUUGCAUUUACAAAAUCAGAAAAAAUCUAAUAAAAAGAAAAACCAGUAUAUGGAGAAAACAGAAAAACUGAGUGGGUGAGGAGCUGUUACCUGGGCUAUGAUUGGAAAGGAGGAUGAAGACCAAAACAGUCAUAGCCUUUGGGAAGUUAGCGAGUAUCAGUGCAAGACACGGAACGUUUUCAAAAAAGAGGAUCAAAUCAAAAGUGCCUUAUCAACAGUGGUUUCUGUUUUCUGAGUGUUCCAGUUGUGUUCAAUAAUAUCCAGCACCCACCAAGUGGCGCAGAGAGGAAUGGCUAGUGUUACAUGCUCUGAAUAGUCGAGCACGGUAGCUGCCACCAUAUCGUGGUGUUACCGAAGUUAUUCUAUGCAAAAAGAAUAGCAGUCGUUUUGACCAGCUAAAAUAUGUGCCAUGGUUUUGUCUUCCUGAAUAUUUUUUUUUUCUUUACUUGACAGCCCUUUACACUGCUGUAUGAGCAGCCUUUGUUCUCUUUUUGUUUAGAUUUUAAAUGAUUAUGAAAUACUGUCUUGAUUUAUUUUGUUGUCGGAGACUGUGACUACCUUCCUAGAACAAAUUGAACUGCCAAUAGCAACGCGGUAGUCUGCCACAACAUGUUUUGACCGUGAGCUGAGUAAAAAAACUAUACAAAUCGUUCGAAAAGCGGAAACAAAAGGUUUGAGGUCGUCCUCCGUUACGCACGUUUGUUUCAACAGCUGCAAACCGAAGGAAACCAGUCGAUGUUCUGAUGUCAAUUAAGCUUAGAGAAACAAUCAUGAGAUUCACGAAUAUAAAGAAAAACCCCGCUGGUUACUGAAAGGACUUUGUCUAUUCCCCAGUCGCAGUUUUUUCAGUUAUUGAAACAAGUGACGGGUUAUCACUGAAAGGUAAAACAAACUCAUCAUAUUAAAUUGAGAGAAUUGUUAGAUCCCAAUAUUUCCCCCUCCCCCCGGGCAGUUUGUUUUUCUAUUCAUAACUCUUUCAUCAUGCUGUUACACCGAAAGGUCAAUGAAAUAUAUUUUUUUCUCUUUUUUCAGUGUUAUUUUAACUUGAAAUGCAAUAUUAAAAGAAAGUGGAGCAAGUGAUGGCUAUUCAGCAUUUGACAGUAUUAAGAAAAUUCCCUCUGCAAUGUUACAACUUGCUGUGUCAUUGUGAAAGGCUGGAUAAGUCCAUCAGGUGAAAGGUGAACUCUAUACCUACCGUAUUCUCUCUGGCCUGCCUACUACAUGUAUGAUAAUGUAAUUAACAGCCAUUGUUACAGGUUUAUAAUGUAUUUUUCUAAUCUCAUUUUAUAUGUAUAUUAAUCAUGUUUCUGAGUGCUUCUCCCUUUUUUUUUUUUUUUUUUUUUUUUUUUAUGAAACACACUGCUUCUUUUCUCCCCCUCUCCUAAACGUCCCUCUUCCUCCCCCUCUUCUCUUUCCUCAUCUUGGAAACUGUCUCUCGUGGGGAGUGUUGCCUUUUUCCCUGUUAUAUUUUGUUUUUGUUUUCUUGCCAAUUCCCAGCUUGUUUAACUCAUUAGCUACUUUAUUAGUUUUUUCUUGUCAUAAGUAUUUUUACAUGCUUGCAUUUAGUUUUCAUGGUGUAUGCUGUUAUUUUUUCUUAUUAACCUCUUGGCAUUUAUUUUAAUAAAACAUUCUUAGUAAGAAUUUUACUAACUUGCUGAUAUUUUGUCUUGUGUUUUUAACCAGUUUCAUGAAUGUAUUACCUUGGUCUGGUUCACGGACUAACACAAUUAAAACUGGUGUCUGGCCACCACUUACACUGACUGAUGACUACACAAACAAACACACACACACACACACCAGUCAUCUGUGCACAUACAACCACUCCACGCACAACCUAACUGGAAACUGCACGAGUUGAUACGCGUCCUCACUGCCGCUCACGCACUCUCACCUCCGUGCUGGAGAAAUCUGCUGACACUCUUCACACUUGCCCUCCGCUCCGUCUCAACACCGCUGCUGUGUCCCGCCGUCCCUGUUAGAGACAACUCUCUCGUUAGUUUUUCUCUCCCUGUGUGUCACUGACCUCGCCAGGCAGGAAGUGUAGCGGUGUCCGGCGGGAUGGGACGAGGGGGGGUGUAAAACGGCACGUUACUCGAGGUCACUGGUUAACUCCAGGGUCAGCUGUCCCCUCUUUGACAGAGAUUAAAGGGGGGGUUCUUUUCACAAGAGAUAGUCAAAACAACAAAAAACUAAUCCCUCAAGAUAAAACUCAAUUUUUCUCAAUCUCUCCCCCCCCCGGCCCCCCAUUGCAUGUGAAUCAUCUCAAAAGGAUUAAUGUGACUGUGAAUAUGUAGAGCAGAACAUCUCAUCAGCGCACAGUGUAGACGUAUUUACGACAGACACAGGGACACGUUUACAGAUGACAGUAAGUGUGAUCAUCUAAAGCCGUCCCCUGUCUUUUUCUCUUUUUUUUUUUUCUUUCUGUUUUCCUCCCCAUUGCCUCCAUGGCUUGUUAUGCUGGAUAGCGGCAUUACAGUUAUCACCAGCUGUUGUCUGUUUGGUGAACAUUCAGCUUAUUGAUACAACGGCUAAUACUGGGCCAUUUGGGAGCGUCCGUAAUGCUUAGACACACACCAGUACCACCGUGCCAAUAUGAAGUACUCUGGGAUCAAAACGACCUUACUAUUCCUUCCAGUGUAAAAUGCUGAUAUGGCUUCCAGCUAGCCAGUAUUUAUUGUUUUUGUUUUUCGUUGGUCUGAAACACUGCCAGUGUGUGUUGUUCAUUCUGCUGCUGUCGGUGCACUCAUCCCAGGGUUCAUUCAGCUCUCUACUCGGCUUUCCUUCCUUCUCACCACUAAUUCAAGGUAUUGACACUGACACACAGGCAAAAGAUUAACUUCAUUAAUCCUGAUUAUUACUUUAACCCACUGAGUGAUGCCUCCACUUCUUUUCUUCCCUCCGCACAACAAAAACAACUUGGCCCUAAACUGCUGAGAUUCUCUUCAUGUCUCGGCGAGCACAGAACGAGGAUUCAAAGUGUCUAACAUCAAACUUAACAUUUCUCUCCCGCGCUGAAAUUAACAUCCUGUGUGUUUGAUCAGAAAAACGGGUGUUUUUGCCUCAAACACCUGCUCGUGCACCAGCAAGUAGAGACAGAUAUUGGAUUACUGGCAACCAGCUCAAAUUGAUUUCUUCUCCCUCCUCUGUGCAUUUGGUGUUAUCAGUUAGUUUUUUAAUUUAUUAACGUGGGAUUGGCCCUUUGAUGUCUUUGAUUGACUCCUCUGUGCCUUAAUGAGCAAAAAUUCGUCCGUUAGCUGUAGUUACAUUUGUCCCAAUCCUCGCCUUUUACAUGUCGGAGACGUUUUCAGUGGCUCGCCUUGAAAACCAAGCUGAUGGAUGAAAAAAAGGAAAUGAUGGACGAGGGAUUUUCUAAAGCACAAAGUGUUAUAAACACUGCCUGAAUGUUGCAUCUACGCUUCAAAAAAUUAUCAAAAGUGCCUUAUUUCCUGAGAUUGGAAAAUUAUAUAUUUUUGUACUUUACCAUCCAGUGCCAAUAUUCUGUCUCAGUCAAACUUACAAGAGCUUUUUCUCUUCCUUUUUUUUUUAGCACAAAAAUAAAACCUAAAUGCCUUUUUUUCUCCCAGCACAAUGCACAGAAACUUUUAAACAUAAACUGGGAAAGGGCGACCAAAGUGAGGAAUUUGGUCUCCAGAAUUUCCCUCCAUUAAACUUUGGCUUAAUGGUUCAUGUUUUCGAUUUGAUCCACUGAGAACGUGACAUUUUUUGUCUGUUUUCUGAUUGGACCGCAGUAUGCAGGAAAUGGUUCUCAGUGCAUUUCCAAAUCUGUCGCAGGGCAUUCAGUGCAUUUAUCUACUAACUACCUUUUCACCUGUCGACCCUUUAUUUCUUCUUCUGUUCUGUUUAACAAACAUUCCUCCAAUGAGUUAAACGGCAGGUUAACCGAUCAGUAUUGGUCUCAGCGAUGUAGCAGGUGGUUAAAGGGAAAAAACUACCAAAAUGCAGAGUGAGAAAAAAAAUCAGCCCCACUGGAUUUUUCAUUUUAUUUUGACUGUGAUGAAUAUAAUACAUAUUUUUUCUCCUAAAACAUUACUAGUAUGAUAUAUACUGUAAUUUCCUCAUCUAUAUAGUGGUGCACUAAAAUAUGUGAGAUUUUCUUCGUGGAGUUGUAAGAUUUUAUGUGAAGUAGCUUCUCUUUUGUUUGGUGUUUCUUUGUUUGUUUUUGUUUUUUUUAUAUAGAGGGUUAGACUGAGAAAAAUGAAAAGGGUGUAAGACAUGUAAUGCCAGUUUUUGUUGCUCACACCAAAAACAAAAGAAAGGAAAACAAAUGUCAUGUGUGCAAUAAAGAACCAUAUUUACAAGCUUCCCUCUGA